GCCGUGGGAGCCGCUCCGGGCGCAGGGCCGCGCGCCGAGCCCCGCAGGCUGCAGCGCCGCGGCCCGGCCCGGCGCCCCAGCAACUUCGCCGAGAGUUGAGGCGAAGUUUGGGCGACCGCGGCAGGCCCCGGCUGAGCUCCCCUCUGCGCCCCCGGCGUUCUGUCGAGCCUAGCCCCGCCGGGGGCGCUCCUCGCCGCCCGCGCGCCCUCCCCAGCCAUGUCGUCCAUCCUGCCUUUCACUCCCCCGAUCGUGAAGCGCCUGCUGGGCUGGAAGAAGGGUGAGCAGAACGGGCAGGAGGAGAAAUGGUGCGAGAAGGCGGUCAAGAGCCUGGUCAAGAAACUCAAGAAGACGGGGCAACUGGACGAGCUGGAGAAGGCCAUCACCACGCAGAACGCCAACACCAAGUGCAUCACCAUCCCCAGGUCCCUGGAUGGCCGGUUGCAGGUGUCCCAUCGGAAGGGGCUCCCUCAUGUCAUCUACUGCCGCCUGUGGCGAUGGCCGGACCUGCACAGCCACCAUGAGCUGCGGGCCAUGGAGCUGUGUGAGUUCGCCUUCAAUAUGAAGAAGGACGAGGUCUGCGUGAAUCCCUACCACUACCAGAGAGUAGAGACACCAGUUCUACCUCCUGUGUUGGUGCCACGCCACACAGAGAUCCCGGCCGAGUUCCCCCCACUGGACGACUACAGCCAUUCCAUCCCCGAAAACACUAACUUCCCCGCAGGCAUCGAGCCCCAGAGCAAUAUUCCAGAGACCCCACCCCCUGGCUACCUGAGUGAAGAUGGAGAAACCAGUGACCACCAGAUGAACCACAGCAUGGACGCAGGUUCUCCAAACCUGUCCCCGAAUCCGAUGUCCCCAGCACAUAAUAACUUGGACCUGCAGCCAGUUACCUACUGCGAGCCGGCCUUCUGGUGCUCCAUCUCCUACUACGAGCUGAACCAGCGCGUCGGGGAGACAUUCCACGCCUCACAGCCAUCCAUGACUGUGGACGGCUUCACCGACCCCUCCAAUUCGGAGCGCUUCUGCCUAGGGCUGCUCUCCAAUGUCAACAGGAAUGCAGCAGUGGAGCUGACGCGGAGACACAUCGGAAGAGGCGUGCGGCUCUACUACAUCGGAGGGGAGGUCUUCGCAGAGUGCCUCAGUGACAGCGCUAUUUUUGUCCAGUCUCCCAACUGUAACCAGCGCUAUGGCUGGCACCCGGCCACCGUCUGCAAGAUCCCACCAGGAUGCAACCUGAAGAUCUUCAACAACCAGGAGUUUGCUGCCCUCCUGGCCCAGUCUGUCAACCAGGGCUUUGAGGCUGUCUACCAGUUGACCCGAAUGUGUACCAUCCGCAUGAGCUUCGUCAAAGGCUGGGGAGCGGAGUACAGGAGACAGACUGUGACCAGUACCCCUUGCUGGAUCGAGCUGCACCUGAAUGGGCCUUUGCAGUGGCUUGACAAGGUCCUCACCCAGAUGGGCUCCCCAAGCAUCCGCUGUUCCAGUGUGUCUUAGAGACAUUAAGUAUGGUAGGGGAGGGCGGGCUUGGGGGAAAUGGCCAUGCAGGAGGUGGAGAAAAUUGGAACUCUGCUCAACUCAUUGUUGUCAAGGAAGAAGAAAUCUUUCUCCCUCCACUGAAGGGGUGCACCCACCUGAUUUCGGAAACACACGAGCAAACCCAGAGGUGGAUGUUAUGAACAGCUGUGUCUGCCAAACACAUUUACCCUUUGGCCCCACUUUGAAGGGCAGGAAAUGGCGUCUGCUCUGCUGGCUUAAGUGAGCAGAACAGGUAGUAUUACACAACCGGCCCCCUCCCCCCAGGCUCCUUUUUUGAGUGACAGCUUUCUGGGAUGUCACAGUCCAACCAGAAAUGCCCCUCUGUCUAGGACUGCAGUGUGGAGUUCACCUUGGAAGAGCGUUCUAGGUAGGAAGAGCCCGCAGGGGCCAUGCAGACCUCACGCCCAGCUCUCUGAUGCUUGUGACGGUGCCUCUUCCAAUGAACAUUCCCAGCCCAGCCCCACCACUCCAGCAGACCCUGCCCCUCGUGAGCUGGAUAGACGCGGGGUGGGGAGGGAGGGAGUUUGUCUGUCUCCCUCCCUUCUCAGAACAUACUGAUUGGAAGGCGCGUGUUCAGCAGAACCUGCACACAGGACAGUGGGAAAAAUUGAUGAGCACCACCUCUUUAAAAACUCACAUGCGUUUGUCCUUUUUCACUUUGAAAAGUUGGAAGGAUAUGCUGAGGCCCAGUGCAUAUGCAGUGUAUAGUGUCUAUUAUCACAUUAAUCUCAAAGAGAUUCGAAUGAUGGUAAGUGUUCUCAUGAAGCAGGAGGCCCCUGUUGUGGGAUGGCAUUUGGUCUCAGGCAGCACCGCACUGGGUGCGUCUCCAGUCAUCUGUAAGAGCUCGCUCCAGAUUCUGAUGCAUACGGCUAUAUUGGUUUAUGUAGUCGUUGCAUUCAUUAAAUCAACUUUAUCAUAUGCUCUUUUAAAUGUUUGGUUUAUAUAUCUUCUUUAAAAAUCCUGGGCUGGCACAUUGACUGGGAAACCUGAGUGAGACCCAGCAACUGCUUCUCUCCCUUCUCUCUCCUAAGGUGAAGCUUUUCCAGGUUUUGUUGAAGAGACACCUGCCAGCACUUCUGCAAGCUGAAAUUUACAGAAGCAAAUUCACCAGAAGGGAAAACAUCUCAGGCCAACAUAGGCAAAUGAAAAGGGCUAUUAAAAUAUUUUUACACCUUUGCAAAUUGCAGGCUUGGUACAAAGAGGUCUGUCAUCUUCCCUCUGGGAUAUAAGAUGAUCUAGCUCCCGGUAGAGGAUCAUCAGUGACAACUAUAGCAGUUGUAUUGUGUAAUAAGUACUGCUCCCAGCAGCAAUUAGGGAGAAAACUAGCCUCAAUUAUUUCGACUGGAAAAAAGAAAAAAGAGCCCUCUUCUUUUCCCAGCCUUUUGCAGAACACAGUAGACAGAACUGCCACCUUCAAUUGGUACUUUAUUCUUUGCUGCUGUUUUUGUAUAAAAUGACCUAUCCCACGUUUUUGCAUGGAUUUAAAAUCAAGGGACUUCCUAUGGAAGUCCUGUUUUAUUCCAGGUGAAGGGAAGAAAGUGUAUACACUUUUGGCAGGUUAUACACCUCAAAUGUGAUGAGAUUUCUGAUGUUGGCGGGAGAUGGAGAGGUUUCCUGAUGCCUCACCUGCAGGGUCCUGUGCCUCUGAAACUCUAGCCAUGAGGUUUCCAGGUAGGACAGCUGCUCCCCAAGCCUCCUGAGGACACAGGAAGAGAUGGAAGGAGCACCUUGACAGACUUGUGUGAGUCUUCUCGAAGGAGUAUUGACUCAGAACCCAGAGACAACACAAAACCCCUCACUUCCUCUGAGAGGGCCAAAUACUGUGAGUCUGAUGUAUGUGCCUGGUGUGAAAUCAUCUGUGGCCUGUUGCUUACACAGGAAGCCCCCCGAACCUCCUGUACAUGUGUUCAUGUUCCCAGGCAGCUCUGAGACCCAGGACACAAAUACUCCAUUUUGGCUUCUGCUAGAGCAGUCAUGGUUCCUCUCCUAAAAGCCACGGGCAGCAGUUUCCGAGGGCCUGCAUUCUCCACCUGCUGCAUGAUCGUGUGAGGGCUUCCUGUGGCACACAGCCCUCUGGGUGGUUGGGAACUAGCUGCAGGCACAGCCUGAUUCUGGUGAUCCAGUGAUCUGUGGAAGUCCUGUCUUAUUCCAGGUGAAGGGGGGGAAAGAAGCCUACACUUUGGCAGGUUAUGAACUUUGAAUGUGAUGAAAUGACACAUUUGGCUGCUUUUGGAUAGUGUCUUAGAACCCUCAUUGCUCAGACCUGAAGGCUACUUCCUUGGCCCUUUUUCUUCACAGACUAGACCAUCAGAGGAGGAUGUGUGGGAUGGUAGGCAAACCCACCUGUGGCAUACUGAAAAUCAAUUUGAUCAUAUCUAAGAGGUUAGGAAAUGGUCCUUUCCCACCUUAGAGCGCUACAUAGGUGCUUUGGGCAUAUGUAACAUUAGUCUCCUUCCUUGAAGCCACAAGCUAGUUUUCUUAGUUUUAAAAUCCUGUGGUAUGAAUGGCAUUUGUAUAUUAAAACACUUUUUUAAAGGACAGUUGAAAGGGGCAAGAGGAAACCAGGGCAGUUCUAGAGGAGUGCUGGUGACUGGAUAGCAGUUUUCAGUGGCGUUCAUCUAGGCAGCACGACCGUGUGUGUUGCCCCUGCCCUGGGCUCGCCGCCAUGGUAUCUUCACCUUGCAGCUUGUGCUGAGACUGACCCGUGUAGCUAGCACUGGGACAUAGAUCCUUGUCUUCAGCACCUUCCAAGGAGCCAACUUUUAUUCCCUUUCCUCUCUCCCCUCCCCACCUUGCUUCGUCCCAAUUUAGUAACUUAGAUCCUUCCAGCGCAUACGUAGGUAGCUACCCCAGCCGGUUUGGAUUACAGGCCUGUGCUGGAACAUCAUCUCAGUUGGCCACCUUCCUGGCAGGCUGUAGACCUGAUAUUUUGAGACAAGCCUAGAGUCAGGAGCAGGGACUUUGACUCUUAGGAAGAGCACACAUGAGGGCAAGGCUGCUGGCAGACGUCUCCAUUGUCCUUGUGUUGUAUUUUUUUUUUUUAAUUGACCAUGGUGAUUUUUUUUUUAAACCAUUGUUCAUAUACUGAAGUGAGCUAUAGCACAUUAUCGUGUGCUUAUUUUUAUUUUUCUCCAUCUCCCCUUGGCUUCCUGGAGUUUGGACAUAUUCCAGGCUAAAUGCUUUUACUGAAGACUACAGAAAGGUUUGAAGUAGUGUGUGCAUGGCAUGCACGUAUGUGAGUAAUCUGGGGAAGCAGCAAAGAUCUGUUUCAUUCUUAGCCUCAGGCCUCAUGAGGGUCUCCACAGGGCCAGAGCUCAGGUUACACAACCACUCCUUCGUCCUCACAGGAGAUGUAGGGAGAAGAAUCUGCAGGCUGCUUGUAGGACUGUUCACCAAGGGGGAUACCAGCAGCAAGAGAGGGCACACGUUUAGCCCUGGACGCUGUUUCUUACUGUGUGACUUGGCUAGAGUUGGGAGUUCCCCCAAAACAUAUGUGUCCCCAUUUUACCAGAACCAAACCUCAACACAGCAAAGCUGUACUGUCUUUAUGUGGCAAAAAUGUUUCCUUGUAGGCCCCUUUCAGGUAAGUCUUCACAAUGUAUUUCCAUCACGGUUUAAGGAGCAUCAGCAGCUUCUCAAGUGGGUAGGGAAAGCAGAAAAACAUACGCAAGGGGACAUGGAUCCAAAAUGAUGAUGAAGCAUCUCCCAUGGGGAGGCGUUGGUGGGGAGAUGAUGGGCUAAACAGGCAACUUUUCAAAAACACAGCUAUCAUAGAAAAGAAACUUGCCUCAUGUAAACUGGAUUGAGAAAUUCUCAGUGAUUCUGUAAUGGAUUUUUUUUUUUAAAAUGCAGAAGUAAUGUAUACUCUAGUAUUCUGGUGUUUUUGUAUUUAUGUAAUAAUUUCUUAAAACCAUUCAGACAGAUAACUAUUUAAUUUUUGUAAGAAAGUUGGAAAGGUCUCUCCUCCCAAGGACAGUGGCUGGAAGAGUUGGGGCACAGCCAGUUCUGAAUGUUGGUGGAGGGCGUAGUGGCUUUUUGGCUCAGCAUCCAGAAACACCAAACCAGUCUGGCUAAACAAGUGGCCGCGUGUAAAAGCAGGCAGCUCUGAGUCAAAUCUGGGCCCUUCCACAAGGGUCCUCUGAACCAAGCCCCACUCCCUUGCUAGGGGUGAAAGCAUGACAGAGAGAUGGAGCCGUCUAUCCAAGAAGCCUUCACCCACCUUCACUGCUGCUGUUGCAACUCGGCUGUUCUGGACCCUUACUUUGGUGUGCGUUGAGGGAUGGGGAAUAGAACAUUGACUAUGUUGAUUACCUUCACUAUUCAGCCAGCCUGACCUUUUAAUAACUUUGUAAAAAGCAUGUAUGUAUUUAUAGUGUUUUAGAUUUUUCUAACUUUUAUAUCUUAAAAGCAGAGCACCUGUUUAAGCAGUGUACCCCUAUUGUUAAAGAUUUGUGUCCUCUCGUCCCCUCUCUUCCUCUUGUAAGUGCCCUUCUAAUAAACUUUUCAUGGAAAAGCUCCUGUGCCAGGAGCUCAGUCUGA